GAUAUUAUAGAUCAUCAGUGGAAAACUUCCUGAAAGAAGAAAUUGUUGGAGAGAAAUUCGGAAGUGGCAAAAUGGGAGACAAAGAAUUGACAACAGAUGUAGAGGACAGCAUGGAAAUUUUACUUCAUUCAUUUGUUUAACAAAUUUAUUCAGCAAAACUUUGUUGAAUACCUACCGUUGCUAGGUAUUGUCCUAGGCAACAGAACACAGCAGUGAACAAAACAGACAAAAAUCUCCUGCCCAUGUACAACUACAGCUGAUGAUGUCUUCCAGUUUCAAUAUAUAUAGAGUUGGCAUCUCUUUUGUCAUGAUGUGCAUUUUUUAUAAGUCAGCAGUAGACUCUCUAUCAGAACUGAGCCCACAGAAAUACUUCAGUACAUUGCAACCGGGAAAAGCCUCCUUAGCUUAUUUUUGUCAAGCCGAUUCUCCAAGAACUUCCAUAUUUCUUGAAGAACUGAAUGAGGCUGUUAAACCUCUCCAGGACUUUGGAAUUUCAGUUGCAAAGGUUAAUUGUGUCAAAGAAGAAACAUCAAGAUACUGUGGAAAAGAAAAGGAUUUGAUGAAAGUGUAUUUAUUCAGGGGCAACAUCUUACUGAGAGAAUUCCCUACUGAUACCUUGUUUGACGUGAAUGCCAUCAUUGCUCAUGUUCUCUUUGCUCUUCUUUUUAAUGAAGUAAAAUAUAUUACCACCCUGGAAGACCUACAGAACAUAGAAAAUUCUCUGAAAGGAAAAGCAAACAUUGCAUUCUCAUAUGUAAGAGCCAUCGGAACACCAGAGCAUAGAGCGGUCAUGGAAGCUGCUUUUGUGUAUGGGACCACGUACCAGUUUGUCCUGACCACGGAAAUUGCCCUUUUGGAAAGUAUUGGCACUGAGGCCAUAGAAAAUGCACAUUUCUACUUUUUUCAUUGUAAACAAGUCUUGGAUUUGACCCAGCAAUGUAGAAGAACACUGAUGGAACAGCCACUGGCUACACUAAACAUUCAUCGAUUUAUUAAGACAAUGGAAGCACCUCUGCUGACUGAAGUUGCUGAAGACCCUCAACAGGUUUCAACCGUUCAUCUGCAACUAGGAUUACCACUGGUUUUUAUUGUUAGUCAGCAAGCGACACAUGAAGCUGACAGAAGAACUGCAGAAUGGGUUGCUUGGCGUCUUCUGGGGAAAGCGGGAGUUCUACUCUUGUUAAGGGACUCUUUGGAAGUGGACAUUCCUCAACAUGCUAAUGUGGUCUUCAGAAGAGCAGAAGAGGGAGCGCCGGUGGAAUUUUUGGUGUUACAUGAUACUGAAUUAAUAAUAUCCCAUGUGGAAGGUAAUACACACAUUGAAGAAAUGCAAGAAGAUGAAGAUGAGGACGUGCAAAGUCCAGAUAUGGAUAUUCAAGAUGAUGAAGUGGCAGAAACUGUUUACAGACAUAGGAAGACACAGUUACCUUUGGAACUCACAGUGGAACUAACAGAAGAGACAUUUAAUGCGACAGUAGUGGCUUCUGAUAGCAUAGUGCUUUUCUACGCUGGUUGGCAGGCAGUAUCCAUGGCAUUUCUGCAAUCCUAUAUCGAUUUGGCAAUUAAAUUGAAAGGCACAUCCACUAUGCUGCUUACUAGAGUGAACUGUGCAGAUUGGUCUGAUUUAUGUACUAAGCAAAAUGUUACUGAAUUUCCAGUUGUAAAGAUGUACAAGGAAGGCAAGCACCCAGUAUCUUAUGCUGGUAUGUUAGGAACUGAAGAUCUCCUAAAAUUUAUCCUGCUCAACAGGAUUUCAUGCCCAGUGAACAUAACAUCUGUGCAGGAAGCAGAAGAAUAUUUAAGUGGGGAAUUAUAUAAAGACCUGAUCCCCUACUCUAGUGUGUCUGUGCUGGGACUAUUUAGCCCAAACAUGACCACAGCAAAAGAAGAUUUCACCAAAGCGGGAAACUACCUAAGAGGAUGUGUUAUCACUGGAAUUUAUUCUGAAGAAGAUGUUUUGAUACUGUCAAAUAAAUAUGGGGCAACACUUCCAGCUCUGCUGCUGGCCAGACACAAAGAGGGCAAAGUAGAGAGCGUUCCAUUCGCUAACUCCCAUGUGCAAGACAUAGUUCAAAUAGUGACAAAUGCAUUACUGGAGACAUUUCCAGAAAUAACUGUGGAAAACCUUCCCGUUUAUUUAAGACUUCAGAAACCAUUACUUAUUUUAUUCAGUGAUGGCAGCAUAAAUCCUCAGUAUACAAAAGCAAUAUUGACGCUGGUAAAAGAGAAACACUUGGAUUCACUUACCCCUUGCUGGUUAAAUCUCAAACACUCUCCAGUUCAGUGGACAUGCCCCUCCAAUAUGCCUUUGGCUGGAGCCUAUCCAAAGUGGUGCCACAAGCAUGGCAGUGUACCAGCAGCUGUGACAGGGACCAGCACCACUUCAAAGUGGUCCAGCUGGUCUUGGAAAGAGAAGAAGAUAACCACAAACACCAGUCCAAAUGCAGCCCUAGCAGUGGGCUGGGGGAAACCAGUUGCAAUUUUACCUGCUCAGGAAUGGAAACCUCCUCUUCCUGCUUAUGAUUUUCUAAGUAUGAUGGAUGCCGCAGCAUCUCAACAUCCCACAAGGAAAGAGCCUGAGUGUACAAAAGAAACUAACAUGCAAAAGAAUGAUAAAAAACAACAUGAAGAAAAAUCAACAAUCAGAAAAGAACCAGUUGAAACACUGAGAAUAAAGCAUUGGAAUAGAAGUAAUUGGUUUAAAGAAGGAGACAAAUCAUUUAGGCAUGACAAUAAAGAAUUGUGA